AUGACUACUAGACUUUCGUUUUCUAGUUUCUCUUCUUGUCACUUGUGCCUUCUUGUUGUUCUAGCCUUGUUUCGUUCAUGCUCAUCCAAACAAAACUCUGAACCUGUAUUAUGCAUUGACGCCGAGAGACAAGCACUUCUCCGGUUCAAGCAUGGCUUGACUGAUGAAACUCAUCGACUUGCAUCCUGGGUUGCCGAGAACAAAGAUUGUUGCAACUGGUAUGGGAUUACUUGUGAUAAUUCUACAGGUCAUGUUCAUCGGGUUCAUCUUCCUGGACAUGGUGGUCAUUGUCCUGCUUAUUCAGUUAGUUACUUCACUGAAAAAGAAUACACAGACGCAUCAAAACAGAGAUUGAAAGGGGAUAUAAGUAGAUCCUUGUUGGACCUAAAGCAACUCAAGCAUUUGGACUUGAGUUGCAAUGAUUUUAGAGGGAUCCAGGUUCCUAAAUUCAUUGGUUCUCUUCAAAACCUUAAAUAUCUUAACCUUUCGAAUUCCAAAUUUGGUGGAACUAUCCCUCCACAACUAGGGAAUCUUUCAAACUUGAACGUCCUUUGUCUUGGAAGUUUUCACGAAUUCAACUCAACGAGGAAUCAACAAGCGUGA